AUUUUAUAAAUUAUCCAAUAAGUAAUUGUCCAAUAAAUAAUAUAUUUAUUUUGUAGUUAUUCCAAAACUAUGCAGUUACCCACAGUUCUGUACUUAUUACUUACUACAACCAUCCUUCAGGAAAAAUCUGACGCCCUGCAUUGUUACUCGUGUGUUUCGAUAAACGGGCGUUGCGACAUAAGUUGGAUGAAAGUGGAGGAUUGCAACGAAACGGACAUCUACUAUAAAGAGGGCAAAAUGAAGCUACCCACCUUCGCCAUGUAUUCGGCCUUCAAUAUCUCAUUGGACGACAAUAAUUAUAUCGCUCCUGACACGGUUUGCGGCCGAAUCAAAAUACAUUACAGGUACGACCAUCACAUUGAAGUUAUAACAUACGGAUGUAUGAGGAAUAAAACAGUGCGUCGUCUAACUAACAGGCUUCACCAUGAUCGCUAUAAGCAUUUAUUUUACAUUUCUAUUUCGGCCUGCGACGAGGAUUUAUGCAACAGUACUGACAAUGUUAGUUACUAUUGCGGGCUAGUAUUCGGUUUUGUAGUUUUGAUGUUAAUUUUAAGUUGAAUAAGACCAUUCUAAUAGUACUAAUACUACCAAUGAUGAAAUUGUUACUCUAGUUGGUAAAACUAAACAAGAAAUUUUGAUAAUUACUUUCUUCCGGAUGAUAAUUUGAUCAAAAUGUGUUCAUUUUGAUCAAAUUAUAA